AUGAUUGCGACUAUCAGUCUGGUGUUCACCGCCUGACUGAGGAGGUGAAAGUUGCGCCACAGGAAGAUAAACCGCAAAAGACAAUAUUGCACAUGAUUUGCGUGUGCAUCGGAUGAGCUGGAGUGGGGAAAUUCUUAUCCACUGAAAAGUAAAUAGAAAUAGGGACCGGAGUUUGCGUAGCUCACUUAAGUCAGGGAAAUACGUAGCGGAGACAGUUGUUAGGGUGUCUGUGUGUGAUUUCCGAUUCUUGCUCUCUCAGUCGCCUCCGCUGUAGACUGAAGAUGCUCUUGGACGCAGGACCACAGUAUCCGGCGAUUGGAGUGACUACUUUCGGCUCCUCCAGACAUCACUCAACAGGCGAAGUUACAGACAGAGAAGUGGCUUUGGGGAUAAAUCCGUUCGCCGACGGUAUGGGCGCUUUUAAAAUCAACCACAGUUCCCAUGAUCUUGGCUCCGGGCAAGCGGCGUUUUCCUCGCAGGCGCCCGGCUACGCGGCCGCAGCCUUGGGACACCACCAUCACCCCACCCAUGUCAGCUCCUACUCCACCGCAGCUUUCAACUCAACCCGGGACUUUCUCUUUCGGAAUCGAGGCUUCGGAGACGCCACCAGCGCGCAACACAGUCUUUUCGCCUCGGCCGCUGGAAGUUUCGCGGCGCCGCACGGACACUCCGACGCUGCUGGGCACCUGCUUUUCCCGGGACUGCACGAGCAAGCGGCGACGCACGCGUCCUCGAACGUGGUGAACAGUCAGAUGCGCUUGGGGUUUUCCGGGGACAUGUACGGUAGGGCCGAUCAGUACGGCCAUGUUACAAGCCCCAGGUCGGAGCACUACGCCUCCACGCAGUUGCAUGGCUAUGGCCCCAUGAACAUGAACAUGACUGCUCACCACGGGGCCGGGGCCUUUUUCCGUUACAUGAGACAACCGAUCAAACAAGAGCUCAUCUGCAAGUGGAUUGAACCGGAGCAACUAACUAACCCGAAAAAGUCAUGCAACAAAACUUUCAGCACCAUGCACGAGCUUGUGACCCAUCUCACCGUAGAACACGUUGGAGGACCAGAGCAGUCGAAUCAUAUCUGCUUUUGGGAAGAGUGUUCCCGGGAAGGAAAACCGUUUAAAGCCAAAUAUAAACUUGUAAAUCAUAUCAGAGUCCACACCGGGGAAAAACCGUUUCCGUGCCCGUUCCCCGGCUGUGGAAAAGUAUUUGCCCGAUCGGAAAAUCUGAAAAUCCACAAACGAACACACACCGGUGAAAAACCAUUUAAGUGUGAGUUUGAAGGCUGUGACAGACGGUUUGCUAACAGCAGUGACCGAAAGAAACACAUGCACGUCCACACGUCAGAUAAGCCAUAUCUGUGCAAAAUGUGCGACAAAUCUUACACACACCCAAGCUCCCUCCGGAAACACAUGAAGGUCCACGAGUCGUCCUCCCAGGGCUCCCAACCGUCCCCAGCAGCCAGUUCGGGUUACGAGUCUUCCACGCCCCCUACAAUCGUCUCUCCAUCCACAGAGAACCAGAGCAGCAGUUCCAUAUCGCCAGCCUCGUCCGCAGUGCAUCACGCCAGCAGUCACAGCGCCCUGUCGUCAAAUUUUAAUGAAUGGUACGUGUAAAUAUUUUCAAAAGACUGCAGAAAUUAAGACUGCUUGGAAAUCAGAGACUCAAAAGUCUGCCCGUUCGCAAGGACCUAAAGAGUGAGAGAAAGCCGAGGAACCUGACGUGUUUGAUAGCCUAAAUGGUUGUAUAGCAGAGAGAACUGCAUGGACGUGGUGUAAGGCCGACAACCAACUUAACUUUCCCCCAAUAUACACACAUAUAUAUUUUAUUACUUUGUUUUUGAUUUUUUAAUUUCUUUUUUAUUUUUAUUCUUUUUUUAAUUUUUUAAUGAGCCUGCACACGGAGAUCAAUCGCAUGCUACCAGCAGGUUAAAGCCCUGUUUUUGUACAUAAAGAUUUACCUAGUUUAAAAUGUAAUAUUUUAUUUUGUAAAUAGUCAUAAUACAGUUUAAGGGAAUUUGUGAAAAUGUGGUCCCUAGAUAUAUGGAAAAUGAGAUGGCUUUACGAAUAUUGCGAUGAUUAGUCUUGACUGAAAAGAAUGUUAUAGUUAAUGUGUACCAAAUGUGAAUUACUCAGUAUUAUACCGUCUACACGUUUACCUAACCGACAAUUAGUAUUAUUGUGCUUUUGUAUCCAGUGCAGCAUUUCGUCUGAAGUCCAGUCUGAGUAGCACAGUUGUUGUUAUUUAAUGUCAUGUCGAUAAAUUGUGUAGUGAAAGCCUGAAACUCCGUGUCGAUCUUGUUUAUGUAAGUGAUCAAAUAUAAAACUAUCUGUCUAUUACAAUGCCAAUUGCAGGAAAUUAUUAAUUGUAUAUAGUCCAGUUUUCCAUAUUUAUCGGCAUGUAAAGGACCGGUAACUCAUGUUAGAGAUAGGUCUAAACGGUAUUUAUGGAGAAAUUCGUUGGUAGGGUAUGUAAAAUUUAGUUUUCAAAAUAAUGUUUGGUUACAUUUCGUACAAUAUUAAAGAAUUAAACGUACAACAAAA